CUCUCUCAUCCCCGGUACGACCGCUCCGUGUUGCUUCUCUCUCUUCUCACUGCCACUGACAUAGACUCACAGAGCUAACGCCUGCUACACUCUCAUCCUUCUCUCUCUCUCCCUGUCUCCUUCUCUCUCGCUUUCUCUCUCUUUCUCUCGUUCUCUCUCUCUUUCUCUCACUCUCUCUUUCUCUUUCUCGCUUUCUCUCUUUCUCUCUCUCUCUCUUUCUCUUUCUCUCUUUCUCUCUUUUUAUCUCUCUCUCUGUCUCUCUCUCUCUCUCUCUCUCUCUCUCUCUCUCUCUCCUCUCUGUCUCUGUCUCUCCUCUCUGUCUUUCUUUCUCUCUCUCUCUCUCUCUCUCUCUCUCUCUCUGUCUCUCUUUCCUCUCUCUAUCUUUCGCUCUGUCCCCCUCUCUCUCUCUCCUCUCUCUCUCUCUCUCUCUCAGAAGGAGUAAUGAAGAGGACCACCAUGUAGACAGAAUGCAGACAUUGACAGACUGCAGACGGAGAUAGAAGAUAGAAGAAGCAGAAUGGGAACAUGCAUCUGGAGCGGCUCCCGAUUGACCCACAGUAACAGAAGACCAGAAGGGAUCGUUAUUCUCCUGUGGACGUACGUCGCUCCUCUCGCUGCUCCUCUCGCUGCUCCUCUCGCUGCUCCUCUCGCUGCUGGUCUCACUGGUCUAGCUGGUGUUAGUGUUCUCUGGAUGGUCGUAUGGUCUUCUCUCCACACUGUCGCUGACUGAGGGAUCUCAGCCUGUCUCUGUAUCUCAAAGUGACAACAGGAUUUAGCUCUCCCUCUGUCUGUCGGUGGGCGCUGCAGCAUCUGUCUCUCUCUCUCUCUCGGGUGGUUUUCACCAGUAUCGCCGGUAUUGCCGGGCGCAUUCCAGUGGCAUUCAUCCCUCUUCCUCUCUUCAUUUCGAGAAUCCCUCUCUCUCUCAACCCACACAACGCCCUCGUAAAGCUUUGUCUGAGGUUUGUACUCCUUCCUCGUCGAGUUACUGAGCAAUACUAGCUAGUCAGUCAUCAUGGGGGACCUGACCAACAGUGAUUAUUACUCUAAGAACCAAAGAAACGAUGUCAGCAGUAACCACGAGGGGGGCUUUGGGGUCUCGGUCAUGGAGCUGCGUGAACUCAUGGAGCUGAGAGGCAGCGAGGCAGUGGUUAAGAUCCAGGAGGAGUACGGGGACAUGGACGGGCUCUGUCAACGGCUCAGAACAUCACCCACAGAAGGCUUAACAGGAGAUGCAACCGACCUCGAUAAGAGGAAAGAAGUGUAUGGGGAAAACCUAAUACCUCCCAAGAAGCCAAAGACCUUCCUCCAGUUAGUAUGGGAGGCCCUGCAGGACGUGACUCUGAUCAUCUUGGAGGUGGCUGCCCUGAUCUCUCUGGGACUGUCCUUCUAUCAGCCUCCGGGAGGGGACAGUGGAGAGUCCUGUGGGACAGCGGCGGCGGGUGCGGAGGAUGAGGGUGAGGCCGAGGCCGGCUGGAUAGAGGGAGCAGCCAUCUUGCUGUCUGUAGUGUGUGUGGUUCUGGUGACGGCCUUCAACGACUGGAGCAAGGAGAAGCAGUUCAGAGGGCUGCAGAGCCGCAUCGAGCAGGAGCAGAAGUUCCAGGUGGUCAGAGGUGCUCAGGUCAUCCAGCUCCCGGUCGCUGACAUCGUGGUCGGGGACAUCGCACAGAUCAAGUAUGGUGACCUGCUUCCAACAGAUGGAGUGUUGAUACAGGGGAACGACCUGAAGAUAGACGAGAGUUCACUAACAGGAGAGUCUGAUCACGUCAAAAAAGCAGCCGACAGAGACCCGAUGCUGCUGUCUGGUACCCAUGUGAUGGAGGGUUCCGGCAGGAUGCUGGUAACAGCUGUAGGGGUCAACUCUCAGACCGGCAUCAUCUUCACUCUGCUGGGGGCCGGAGAACCAGGGGAAGAGGAGAAGAAGGAGAAGAAAGACUGCCCCCAUCCCUCUGCCCACCCCAUCGCAACUAUAGCCACCGAUGGUGCUGCAGGUGGUUUUGCACCUGGCAAUGCCAGCCUAGUCAAUGGUAGAAUACAGGAUGACAAUAUGGAGAACAACCAGACUAAAGUGAAGAAGCAGGACGGAGCGGCCGCCAUGGAGAUGCAGCCUCUGAAGAGCGCCGAGGGAGGAGAGAUGGAGGAGAAGGAGAAGAAGAAGGCAAACGUCUCCAAGAAGGAGAAGUCCGUCCUCCAGGGGAAACUGACCAAGCUGGCUGUUCAGAUUGGCAAAGCAGGUCUAGUGAUGUCUGCCAUCACAGUGAUCAUCCUGGUGCUGUACUUUGCUGUGGACAACUUUGUCCUGCAGAAGAGGCCGUGGCUGACGGAGUGUACCCCCAUCUACGUCCAGUACUUUGUCAAGUUCUUUAUCAUCGGUGUCACCGUACUUGUGGUGGCUGUACCCGAGGGGCUGCCCCUGGCCGUCACCAUCUCCCUGGCCUACUCUGUCAAGAAAAUGAUGAAAGAUCAUAACCUGGUCCGCCACCUGGAUGCGUGUGAGACGAUGGGGAACGCCACGGCCAUCUGCUCAGACAAGACCGGCACGCUGACCACCAACCGCAUGACGGCCGUGGCGUGCUACGUGGGGGACGUCCACUACAAGGAGAUACCAGACCCCGGACUUCUGUCUGUUAAGUCUCUGGACAUACUGGUCAACGCCAUCUCCCUCAACAGCGCCUACACCACCAAGAUACUGCCUGCCACCAAGGAGGGGGGUCUGCCCAUGCAGGUGGGCAACAAGACAGAGUGUGGCCUGCUUGGCCUGGUGCUGGACCUGAAGAGAGACUACCAACCCGUCCGCAACCAGAUCCCAGAGGAGAAACUCUACAAGGUGUACACCUUCAACUCGGUCAGGAAGUCCAUGUCCACGGUCAUCAAACUACCAGACGGCUCCUUCAGAAUGUACAGCAAAGGAGCCUCCGAGAUCGUCCUCAAGAAGUGCACUAAGAUCCUGAACCAGGAAGGCGAGACGCGGGUGUUCCGUCCCCGGGACAAGGACGAGAUGGUGAAGAAGGUGAUCGAGCCGAUGGCGUGUGACGGGCUGCGGACCAUCUGCGUGGCGUACCGUGACUUCCCUGGCGACCCAGAACCCCUCUGGGACAACGAGAACGACAUCCUCAAUGAACUGACGGCUGUCUGCGUGGUCGGCAUAGAGGACCCUGUCAGGCCAGAGGUGCCUUCUGCUAUUGUGCGGUGCCAGCGUGCGGGCAUCACGGUGCGCAUGGUGACAGGUGACAACAUCAACACGGCCAGGGCCAUCGCCAUCAAGUGUGGCAUCAUCCACCCCGGAGAAGACUUCCUGUGUAUCGACGGCAAGGAGUUCAACCGGAGGAUCCGCAACGAGAAGGGGGAGGUUGAGCAGGAGCGCAUGGACAAGGUGUGGCCUAAACUGCGAGUCCUGGCUAGAUCCUCCCCUACUGAUAAACACACUCUGGUUAAAGGCAUCAUAGACAGCUGCUUGACAGACCAGAGACAGGUGGUGGCGGUGACAGGAGACGGGACUAACGAUGGACCAGCCCUGAAGAAGGCUGACGUGGGCUUUGCCAUGGGUAUAGCUGGUACAGAUGUGGCCAAGGAGGCGUCUGACAUCAUAUUAACGGACGAUAACUUCAGUAGCAUAGUGAUGGCUGUGAUGUGGGGGAGGAACGUCUACGACAGCAUCUCCAAGUUCCUCCAGUUCCAGCUGACUGUCAACGUGGUGGCUGUCAUAGUGGCGUUCACUGGGGCCUGCAUCACACAGGAUUCUCCCCUGAAGGCGGUCCAGAUGCUGUGGGUGAACUUGAUAAUGGACACCUUUGCAUCACUGGCCCUGGCGACGGAGCCCCCCACCGAGGCCCUGCUGAUGAGGAAGCCGUACGGACGCAACAAACCGCUGAUCUCCAGCACCAUGACCAAGAACAUCCUGGGACAUGGCAUCUAUCAGCUGGUCAUCAUCUUCUCCCUGUUGUUCGUCGGUGAGCAGAUAUUUGACAUAGACAGUGGUCGUCACGCUCCGCUCCACUCCCCUCCGUCAGAACACUACACCAUCAUUUUCAACACCUUCGUCCUCAUGCAGCUUUUCAACGAGAUCAACGCCAGGAAGAUCCACGGAGAGAGGAACGUCUUCGACGGAAUCUUCAGGAACCCUAUCUUCUGUUCCAUCGUCUUUGGAACCUUUGCCAUCCAGAUUGUGAUUGUGCAGUUUGGAGGGAAACCGUUCAGUUGUACUCCUCUGGAUUUGGAAAAGUGGGGAUGGUGCACCUUCCUGGGUCUAGGAGAGUUGGUCUGGGGACAGGUGAUCGCCACUAUCCCUAACAGCAAGCUGCGGUUCCUGCGAGGGGCGGGUCAGCUGACCAAGAAGAACGAGAUGCCUGGGGACGAGGACAUGAACGAGGACAACGAGGAGAUCGACCACGCGGAGAGGGAGCUGCGACGCGGACAGGUCCUCUGGUUCAGGGGGCUCAACCGCAUUCAGACUCAGAUCGAUGUGGUGAACACGUUCAAGAGCGGCAGCUCCUAUCAGGGCCAGCUACGGAGACAGUCCUCCACCACCAGUCAGAACCAGGAUAUUCGCGUCGUGAACGCAUUCCGCAGCUCCCUCUACGAAGGCCUUGAGAAACCAGACUCUAGACCGUCCAUCCAUAACUUCAUGACCCACCCAGAGUUUAGGAUAGAAGACACCACGCCUCACAUCCCCCUGAUAGACGACACUGACCUGGAAGAGGACCCUGCAUUGAGGAUGAUCCCUCUGUCCCAGACAAGCAGCCAGCCCCAGUCCCCCAACAAGAACAACAACGCCGUCGACAGCGGCAUCAACCUCACCAUCGACACCACCAGUAAAUCAGCUGCAUCCUCAGGCCCAGCCAGCCCACUGCACAGUCUGGAGACCUCCCUCUAGUGGCCUGCAGCUGGCUGGUGGAGACCUCAUCUGCAACCUUGGAGACACCAGCCCAUUGCAGCCCUUGGAGACCUCUAGCAACACCUUCUGACAGCCUGGCUGGUGGAGACCUCCGUCUGCAAUCUGGAGACCUUCUUCACUGCCAUUUGGAGACCUUUCCCUACUGCAAUAUAGACCUUUCCCUACUGCAAUAUAGACCUUUCCCUACUGCAAUAUAGAGACCUUUCUAUACUGCAAUAUAGAGAGCUUUCUCUACUGCAAUAUAUAGACCUUUCCCUACUGCAAUAUAGAGACCUUUCUCUACUGCAAUAUAGAGACCUUUCUAUACUGCAAUAUAGAGACCUUUCCAUACUGCAAUAUAGAGAGCUUUCUCUACUGCAAUAUAGAGAGCUUUCUCUACUGCAAUAUAGAGACAUUUCCCUACUGCAAUAUAGAGAGCUUUCUCUACUGCAAUAUAGAGACCUUUCCAUACUGCAAUAUAGAGAGCUUUCUCUACUGCAAUAUAGAGAGCUUUCUCUACUGCAAUAUAGAGACCUUUCUCUACUGCAAUAUAGAGACCUUUCUCUACUGCAAUAUAUAGACCUUUCCCUACUGCAAUAUAGAGACCUUUCUCUACUGCAAUAAAGAGACCUUUCUAUACUGCAAUAUAGAGACCUUUCCAUACUGCAAUAUAGAGAGCUUUCUCUAC